AUGGAUUUGUUGUUCGAUUGGAGUAUGAAGGAUAUAAAUCUUAUUCUGCCGUACGUGAAGAAACGAUUAAUGUCAGGAAACGCGCAGAACUGGAUUUCGGAGAAGCUAUUGAAUUUUCUGAUACAGACGGAGGAAUCUGAAAGAGGUAUUGUUGUGGGAAAGCUUGUUAAAUUCGACGUGAUAUCUACAAUAUGCGAGGUCGUGCAAACAUCGGAUGAAAAUUUCAUCAAAGUUGUUCUCGAAAUCUUCGAGAUUGUAAGCGCUCACAAAGAGUUCUAUGAAAAUCAAGCGGCCAUAAUUACUAUGCAGACAAUGCUAAGACUUAGUUACUGCGUAAAUAAAUCACUCAAAGACUCAACGCUGUUCGAGAAACUUGUAGGGGGCAUGUCUGAUAUACUUGUUAGAUCGCUAAAGUUAGAUGUGAGUUUCGACACGGAUUGCAUUCUGCAGCAAAUUGUAUUUUUCGUGAAAAAUCUGGAUAUCAAAGAAUUGAAAAAGAACAAGCUGAAAUUUAUUACUAUCACGAUGUUUAAUGUCAUUCUGCAGAAACAAGCAGUCUUCGAUAAAAAUAUCGAUGCGGAAAUGAUCAUCGACGUUUGUCACGAUAUAUUAGAGUCAAUGACAAAGAUUGUCAAAUGUGACGAUGAUAAUGACACGAUUUCAUUCGCCAUUGAUUCAUUAUGCAGUACCUGCGCCAGCAGUGCUCGAUUCUGCCUCAUGCAAGAUUCGAGAGAAAAUAAUAAGACCGAACUUAAGAUUUACGAAAAGAAAAAUGAUUUGGAAAUUUCCGUGUACCAUACGGUGAUGGACAUAAUUAUACCAUACGUUAAAGAUAAAGACUUGUCUUCUCUAGACUUGAUCGGAUUUUAUAGAAGUCUCGUCUUUUGUCUAAACAAUUUGUAUCAGCUAAAAAAUUGCAAUAAGGACAAUUUGUCCAAUCAUUUGACUGCCAAUGGAUAUCUGAAACGCUUGUUAUAUUUAACUGUGCAGUUUCCAGAGAAUUUACGAAGAAGCACCUGUAUAUUACUGUCACGGAUCCUGAGUAUUCUCGGUAAAAUGGCAUUCCCCAUAAAAACGACGAAGUUUGCGAAUAUAUUGAAUCAAGGUCUCGUUGAAUUACCAAAAGAUUCAACAAAAUGGAACGAUGCAGUAGCGUGCAAAAAAAACGGAUCGGUCCUGAUAAUUCUGCUAUAUUAUCAUUAUCUUGGCACAAGAGAAAGCGACGUGAUAUCUUUAAAAUCUUUAAUUACUAGAAUCAUGCUACUUCCAAAAUCUACACCGAUCUCAAUUUUGAUUUUAAAACCUUUAUGGUUGCUAUUUGCUGUAACGUCUCUAUCUCAUCCACGUCCUAAUUUAGUAUAUCAUUACGAAAACGCAGUUGUUCAGAUGAUGAGCAUCUUGCAACGUUCAGAAAUCAGUGAAUUUUAUACUCAUCAUGUCGAUCUUUUACAUUACUGUCUUACAUGUCCGAACAUUUCACAAAACUUGCUGUAUCGAGUUUUAAAUUUAUGGCUGAUAGAGUCUGAUGGAGAUAUCAAGCCGUUAUCAUUUAAUUAUGACAAAGUUGCUGAAUAUCUAUUGGAUAUGAUACAUAGCAAUUUUUCUAACAGUUUUGUCAAUAUUGCUCUGAAAGGACUUUGCCAUUUAAUACAAAUCAUCAAAAACGACAAACAGCGCAUAGACAAUCUCGCGAAUACAGUGUGGCAAACAUUACCUGAUAUUUUUUCAUCGUAUCAACCAGAUACUGUCACACAUAUAGAAACAGCUCUGGAGUUAGCUAAUAUUAUCCGACCAUCCAUGAUACCAUUACCUUUCAUAAUACGUAGCGCCGAUAAUAUAGCCAAUAUUAUACUUAACAAAAAUACGAACUAUUCUAAUAUAAAAUUCAUGACUUUAGUUUUAAUGCAAGCGUACAUCUUGUUAGAAGUCGCUAUGACGCGCAAUUCAUUUGAAGUACUUAAAACGUACAUGACAAAUUUUCGGCUAUUAAAAUGGUUAUACGUUCAUGGAUUUUCAAAAGAAAGAUCAGAUUUAUCCACUGCUAGUAUAAAACUGUUUACGUUUAUUAUUCAUUGUCAAAAGAAAUCAUCACUAAAGUGCAAAAUGUCAUUAACGAUCAAAGUAAAUCAUUUAUGUAACAUGUUGUUAUACGCAAAAGAAUUACCAUAUUGUAUAGCGAACGAGAUGCAAUUUAUGUGCGAACUUUUAACAUCAAAUGAUGGCUCGGCCGUCAUUUUGCAAAACAUCGUAACUGAAAGUAAUUAUAUAUACUUGGUUGAAAUUUAUGAAAUUCUUCAUCUCAUUCAUGCAGAGGUAGAUCCAAUAUCGCAAGAUAUGGUAUAUCGAAGUUUAAUUACUCUAUUAAAUUUUUGUAAUACUAAAGCAAUUAAGUUAAUGCCUUAUCUUAGCACUAUAAUGAGUACUUAUAGUCUCAUCAAGAGCGUUGAUGUACAACGUCCAUCGUGUCACUUCGACGAAUUCAUCGUUCCUUGGCUUUAUUAUCACAAGAAAUAUGAUGAAUAUUAUGUACCAUGGAAUCCUGAAGCGCUAUUUAAGACACCCUUUGAUGAAACUUUAGAUAAGCUUAAAGAAUAUUUAAUAGUCCUU